AGUCCAGAAAUAGGAUUAAAAGCCAUUUUCCAUAUUAAUUGCUGUCAACAAGCCCACACCAUCGUUUCAUUUCAACAAUGAAAAGGGUGAUUCUGUGUGGGCAUAUUACGUUUCCAUAGUAUACGCUGCCUCUCGUGUGCGUGGGUGUGUGCUCGUGCCUGUGUUUGUGUGUGUAUUGUAUGCUAGUCUCUGACGCUCCACAGCCCCGUAGUGCUGUUCCCAAAGAGCUGUAGACAAUCACACGGACUGUUGGAUUAGUGUGUCCUCUACUUCAGUUAAACUUUAUUUCUCCUCCUAUUCUGGAAUUGUCGCGGUUUUGGCAGAUAUUUUUUUUGUAACGUUUCGUUUGUAACGUGGCGUACAGACCGGUAUGGAUUUACCACUGACUAGACAAGACACGCCAUCUACUUCUCCACCAAAGUUUUGAUGGUGUCAGCUUUGUCUCUCGAACCCGCAGAAGAGUAAAGCGCAGAGGUUUAACGCAGCAUUUGUGGAAGCUGGUGAACACAUGUGAGAACAUCUGGAGACAAAUAUUUGCCAGAACGUCUUUUCGCUGCUCCCUACAAACAUCGCUAAUGGGGUGACCCACAUAGAAGCCUUGAGACGUGACUGUGGGACAGGCAGUCUCCCUCCCAGCCUUCGUCCUGUCCUUUUCCUAGAAUGCAAUGACUAUAAGUGUGGCCACUCUGCACACCUCCACUGUGUGAAUGAAUCUUUACCGUGAAGCUGUUGUGCUCUGCUACCCUGUCAACAUGAAGAGCAAGUAUUCCCAGUACUACAAUCGGAGUUUGAUCGACUGCCACUAUAUCUUUGCUAAGAACUUUAGCACCCAGGCGCUCAAUGAGGAGAAAAAAAAACAGUUCGCCAUCCUUAACAUUGUCAUCAUAGUCCUCUGCACCGUCAUUAUCCUGGAGAAUCUGCUGGUCCUUAUUGCUGUCUUCCGCAACAAGAAGUUCCACUCUGCCAUGUUUUUCUUCAUCGGAAACCUGGCAUUCUCUGACCUGCUGGCAGGCUCGGCCUACAUAGCCAACAUUUUUUUAUCAGGGUCAAAGACCUUUGAGCUAUACCCGGUGCAGUGGUUCAUCCGAGAGGGCACAGCGUUUAUCGCUCUGGCAGCUUCAGUCUUCAGCUUGCUAGCGAUAGCUAUUGAGCGCUAUAUUGCUAUCACCAAGGUUAAGGUGUACGGCUCCACCAAAACAUGCCGCAUGUUUCUCCUGAUAGGAGCAUGUUGGGUUACCUCCAUCCUGCUUGGAGGACUUCCCAUCAUUGGCUGGAACUGCAUCAGCAACCUCCCUGACUGUUCAGCUGUACUGCCACUCUACUCCAAGAAAUACAUCCUCUUUGUUGUCACCAUUUUUAGCCUCAUUCUACUCUCUAUUGUCAUCCUCUAUGUGAGGAUCUAUUUGAUUGUACGCUCCAGCCGCCAGGAAGCGACUAACUUACAGGCCUAUGCCCUUUUGAAAACAGUCACUAUAGUGCUGGGUGUCUUCAUCAUGUGCUGGCUGCCCGCUUUUACCAUCCUCCUCCUAGAUUCAGCCUGCAGCAUAAAGUUCUGCCCUAUCCUCCGCAAAUCAGAAUAUUUUUUUGGGUUUGCUACCCUGAACUCAGCACUUAACCCACUGAUCUACACGCUGCGCAGCAAGGACAUGAGAAAGGAGUUCCUGCGUGUGUUGUGCUGCUGGGGGGUGCUGCAAAGCGGGCGACCCGCCGACCGUUGUCUGGUCCCUCUAAAGAGCUCCAGCUCUCUGGAACACUGCACCAACAAACAUGAACAUCAGAACAUACCCAUCAUGCAAGAUUGUACCACUUGUGUCUGAUAUGGUGCAAACACACCAGAGAGCUUAUGCAUGUUGUGUGAGUGUGAGUGAGAGAGAGCAUGUGUGUAUAUGUGAUCAAGUAGAGAAGCUGUGAUGAGAUACAGAGACGUUAAAAAACAAAGCAAACACACCCUGGACUGAGGCUGGUACACAGCUGCCUGUAGAGACACAAUCUACAGUGCAGACUUUUUCUUACAUUACAAUCAAAAGUGUGUGAAUUCACAAUCAGCAUUCAACCAAUUCACCCAUGCAUUGGGUAUAAAACCGAACGCUUAGUUAGUGAGAAAGUUCAGAAAUGUGAAAAUAGCUUUUCAUCGGUACUUCAUGUAUAUGCUGCCUGUCAUGUUGUUAUUGUUUUUUCUUUCUAAACAUGAACGCCCCUAAUAAAAGCCAAAAAUAGAAACAUAACAUGCUUAAUAUCAUAGUUAUGGUGAGUUGUUUUGGGCCUUUCGAGAACUGCAUCAAUGCAAAGCUUGCCAAGUUGCACUUUGUAGCUUACUUCAGAGAUUGUUGUUGUUUGUAAGGUUUAAUCACAUUACUCUCCUUCACUGAUAUUUGUAUACAGUGACUCUGUAGGUGACUACAGGGUCACCAUUCAGUCUUUACAGAGCUGUAAUCAGUUUCACUCAGCACCACACUCCACAGAAAAGAAAAUCCUACAAGUGACUGCUCAAUAAAAUCAGGUCUAUAUAUUUCCUGUAUAACCUUGUUUAAACCAUUUGAUAAUCUACAAAAAUGUAAAUAAUCAGCUUACAUUUAUUGCAUGAAAUUCUAACUCAUUUGUAAGCACUAAUGUGUAUGAUAUAUUCCAGCUCCAGCUUCCAUCACUAACACCCCUUCCCUUAUUGGUCCUCAUAUUCUGUUCCUCUUGCUUUGACUGUUGUCUUUUGUAUCCGAACAGUUUCCGCUGAGGAAGGCCUAAUCAGAAAGCACAUUUCCUGAAGCGAGUUGGCACUGAUGAAUCUUUCUCAGUGACAGCUGUCCAGCAGAUUUGACUAAUGGGACUGAUGUCCUGACAGUGUUGUAGCAACAUAGCAGCAAUGUGCUGUCUCUGUUAUUGCCUUCCUCUUGGGGAAGUAGGCUGAAUGUAUGUAUGAAGCGUUUGGGGCAGGCGCCCCAUUGUUAACAGUAUUAUUGAUCAUUAUUUUGAAUUACCAAGUUAUUGACAGGGUAGGUCACACUCACUGUGAAGUCUUAAACAGCACCAUGAACAAGAUUUUUGAUUUUUUUUUUUUUCAUUUUGUUUUGUUUUGGUGAACAUCUUGAUUAAAUUUGCUAGCCAAAUGCAUUGCGAUACUUAAGAUUUAAUGUGUCAUCCUAUGAAAGACCCUGGCCUCCCUACAAAAUAAGAGCUCUGGUUCCAAAUGCACAAAAGGGGGGGGGAUCUGCCUCCCAUCCUCAUUCUCUGAUAUCCUAUAACACACAACUUCCUUCAGUCCUAGGACGUCCUGUUUGUCAUUGUUCGGUUCCUGUUGUUCAGGAUUACACUAACCUUUUCCCUGUGAACACAUUUAAAGUUCUUGUCUCCCUUUGUGUUUUUUAUAUUGACUUAUACAUGUAGAUGGCCAAGUAGAAAGGGUGAAAAGCACUUUGGCAGCUUCAUUGAUCCCUGUUUUUAAGAUAGAAAGGUGUUUUAAUCUGUGUACCUAUCACUUUAUUGUGUUGCCUGGUUCUAUAAUUUUUUAUGGCAUGAAUACAUAUGUAUCUUUGUACAGUAUGUAUGAUUUGUGUUGUAUGAAAUGUCUCAUGUGCAAUAGCCUUGUGUGUCCUAUAGCACGCUGCCUGUGUUAAAUUGGUACUUUCUGAAACACUAAUGGAGGUACAUAAAUGUUUUGUUAAUUAUAUUCCCUUUUAUAACAUAAAUGAAAUACUGAAAAAAAUUAUUUAGUGUGUUUCAUUUUAAUUCUGAGUUGCCGAUUGCAGCUGCAGCAUAUCUGCAGGUCCUGAGAUGCCUCCCUAUUGUGUUUAAAUCUGAGAAGUAUUCCAAAUGCAGUGUUUAAUCCAAACAUGCUCUGACAAGGUCAGAAAAACACUAGCUUCAACAUGAAACCACACAAUUGUACAUGUAAAUGCUGCUUGACCAUCAAUCAUGGGUAUUUUACUUAGUAAAACUGUUAGAAUGCUAAAAGGCCAAAGGAAGCUGGAGCUUGUGUUGGAAGCUAGGGAGAGUGUAGGGAGAGUAAAAAUGGGUGCGGUAAAGAAAAAUGUCCAUUUGUAAAAGAGUUUGUCUGAGAGAAGCAUAAAGAAUGGCCUUGGGAGAGGUUUUUGGGUACAGGGGAGAUUUG